CAUUUAUCAGAACCUCAUUUAUAUUCAACUAAGUGGAAUGUUUAAGUGUUAAAAUCCGUGUAUGAGCUUCAGAGUGACGCCAAAAUCAGUUUAAUUAUCAGGAAUGUACCUUCGUAACCCAGAAUUUAAAAUAACUAAGGAAUAGAAAGAAAAAAAACUAUUGUAUAAACGUGUUUAUUGUUAUAUAUGUUAACAAGGAUUGGAAAAAGCGGGUGUCGAAGGCGGAAGUAAACAGACGGCAAUCCUCUCAACCGUAUUUCUAACUUUGUUUUGCUAGCUCGGAUUACCUUUCUCUGCUAACUUUGCUAACACUUGCAGGACGCUGUCCACUUUGUCCAAUGUCAAAUAAAGUUGUCCAACGUCCCGGGGUGGGUGUCGGGGUUCUGGUGACAGACUCGCUCCACCCUGGAUGUGUUCUCCUUGGGAAACGGAAGAGUGCAAUGGGAAAAGGGACCUAUCAGCUCCCCGGUGGUCAUUUGGAGUUUGGAGAGACGUGGGAGGAAUGUGCUCACAGGGAGGUCCUGGAAGAAGCUGGCGUGUAUUUGGCGAACGUCCGCUUUGCAUCAGUGGUAAACUCCAUCAGACUGGAAGAGCAGUACCACUAUGUCACCAUCAUUAUGCAAGGAAAUGUGGACAGGAAGCUGUCAGGAGAGCCAGAGAACCUGGAGCCAGAGAAGAAUGAGGGUUGGACAUGGACGCCCUGGGAUGAGUUUCCUCCAGAGCAGCAACUCUUCCUGCCACUGGCCGGUCUGAGACAACAGGGCUUCCAGCCUUUUAGGAAAACAGACAAAAACUCUGAAGAUCAGCCUUGAACCUGCAUGUUACCUUCUACUGAGGAUAAACAAACGUACGGUUUUGUUGUCCCCAUCAUGUCCUCAUGAGCUAAACGUGCGGAUUAUCUCCAUGGACUUUGGUGCAGGUGAGCUGUCAUUGAUCCGGGUAGGAAAUCAGUUUUUCCUGGUGUCCCAGCUGGAAGCUAUUUUAUUACCGAGGGCAAAUCUGCCAUGUUCUAGGUGUACGGGGCACACACAGUAUCUUUAUACUUCAUAAUACAAUGCUAUACUGUUUCUACACAUAGAGUAGAAUAAUAAUAAGAUAUUAAGAUUGUUGGUAGGUGGAAAAAUAUAAUGUAGUAACAAUAAAGUAAAAUUGGAAUAUGA